AUGGAUACAGAGAGAGAGGCCCUGCUGGAAGGAGCAUAUCCUGAAGUGGAGAACUUCUGUCAGAAGCAUGGUUUAAUGUUUGAGGUGAUCGAUCUGAGGUGGGGUGUUCGUGACUUUGAGGCUGCUGAUCACAUGAUGGUAGAACUCUGCUUGGAGGAGAUUAAAUUGUGCCAGGAAAUAUCGGCAGGACCCACAUUCAUUGCUCUGGUUGGAGAUCGGUAUGGACGCUGCCCCUUACCUCGACUCAUUGGAGAGAAGGAGUUUGACGCCCUUAGCUCCCAGCUCACGGGCAACACGGGCUACAUGAGACUCCUUGUAAAAUGGUUCUGGAAGGAUGAAAAUGCAAUUCCUCCUGCGUAUACCCUGCAGCCAAUCACCACACACUUACCCUGUUACCAGGAGAAACGCUGGGGAGAAAGGGAAGCCUGGAGGAGGGAAGAGAGCCUCUUAGCCACUGUCCUUCACUCAGCUGCCCAGGCAGCAGAGAAGCAUGGACUGAUCAGCAAGGAGGAGGAGCGUCGCUAUCACAAAUCAGCUAUUGAAUGGGAAAUAGAAGAGGGUCUUCCGAACAAAGGAGCGAGUAAAUCUGGGGUUACCAUUUUCCUUAGAGAAAUAAAUGACCUCAAAAAGCAUAUCCUAGACUCGUGUAACUUACCUGUGGUGGAUAGGCAGGAAGACGGCUGCCUGGAUGUGGAUGCUCAAAAUUCCCUCACCAACCUCAAGGGGAGAAUCGCAGACGAGCAUCCUAACCUCCUGAAAGUCCAGUCAAUCCAGUGGAGUAAAGACCUGGUGAAUCCUCGGAACAAGGCACAUGCCCAAUAUCUUGAAAAGUUAGGGGUACAAUUCAUUGCAACAGUUAAACACCAGAUUCUUGAGAGCCUCCAUUACCAGAAACAAGUCAGCAAAGAGCUGGGAUGGCUCUUCCAGGAGCUACGGCAUCACAUGACCCAGUGCACAGAGAGGUGCAGAAUAUUUUCUGGGAGGCAGGAAUUAGUGAGCGAAAUUGGGCAACGUAUCAGGGAAAACGACAACAAUGUUCACACUCCACUCAUUGUAUUUGGGCCUUUGGGAAUCGGAAAAACAGCCCUGAUGUGCAAACUAUCUGAGCAAGUGCAAGAUUUCCUGAGCCAGGAAACAGUGAUAGUCCUGAGGCUUCUGGGAACAUCUCAGCUCAGUUCAGACAUCUUUGGUGUGCUCAAGAGUAUCUGUUUCCAGGUGUGUUUAGCGUGCGGUUUGGCAGUUCCUUCUACACAGGACACAGCGGUUUAUAGUGAUGUAGUCCAGUUCUUCCGUGACCUCCUUCUUAAAGUGUCCCGCAGAAAUGCUGAAUCUCUUGUGCUCCUCUUCGACUCCAUUGGUGAGCUGACCUCAAGUUAUGGUGCCCACAGGCUCUCGUGGUUGCCUAAAACAUGCCCUCCAAAGGUCCAUCUUGUCGUCUCCACCUGGCCAACGGAGUAUGGACUUUUACAAGCCCUGCAGGAGAAGGUAACGAAUUUGGAGGGCUAUUUUGAAGUGAAACCGCUCUCCGGUGAGCAAGGCAGAGAAAUGAUGGGGCUAUUACUGGCAUCGGUCAAACGGAAGCUAAGUCCAGCUCAGCUGGACCAUCUCUGGUGCAGUCUUCCAGAAUGUGGGCAUCCCUUGAGGCUGAAACUGGCAUUUGAGGAAGUCCAAAGAUGGGCAUCCUACACUGUGCCCUCAUCUCUGGCCUUGACCAUCCGGGAAGCAGUCCAUCAGUUGUGUUUCCGCCUGGAGCAGUUACACGGCCCAGUCCUGGUGGCCCACGUGCUUGGCUAUAUCGUUUCUUCUCGAAAUGGGCUCUCAGAAGCGGAACUAAAAGAUGUGUUAUCCUUGGACAAUGAGGUUCUGAAGGUCGUUUUCCAAGAUUGGAUUCCUCCCAGCAAAGGCACUCUUCGCUUCCCUCCUCUACUGUGGGCCAAACUUCGACGGGACUUAGGAGGGUGUUUGGUAAAGAAGCCAGCCGAUGGUUUCCAGCUCCUGGGUCUCUCUCACAGGCAGCUGACUGAGGUGAUUCAGGAUCGUUACCUUUCAGGAGAAGAGAAAACUAAGAGGCACCUUCUUUUGAUAGAAUUCUUCACAGGAGCCUGGAGUCAAGGUUCAAAGAAACCUAUAACUCUGCCACAACUCAGUAAACCUCUCAUCGUGGACAGGAAGGUAUCUGCCCAACCCCUCUGGUACUCAGACACGGUUGCCAAUUUGCGGAAACUGAGCGAAUUGCCCUAUCACCUGCUCAAUGCUGACCACAUCGAAGAGCUGAAGAGGGACGUGCUAGGUAACAUGAACUGGAUUUCAUGUAGAAUGAUUUCCAGUGGACUACCUAGUAUCCUAGAAGAUUUUGCCCUUUGUGCUGGGCGCAUUGAUAGUCCUGAGCUACAGCUUGUGAGAGAUGCCAUCCGGCUUGCAAGAUCCACAAUUGCCAGUAGAGACGGCAUUGAUGUGAGCUGUUUCUACACAGAGAUUCUGGCCCGGCUGCACUCUUUUUCAUCCCUCUACCCAUCUCUGAUUGGGCAGCUCUGCCAUCAAUGCCUGAGUUGGUUCGGUGCCCGCCCCCAUCCCAUCCUGAUCCCUGACUGUGGAUUUUUCCAGCCUCCAAAUGGACCUCUCCGCACAACACUUACUGGAUGUCACCAAGGCAUUACAGCAAUGGAGUGGAGUUCGGCUAAUGAGCUACUGGUAGUUGGGUCAGAAGACGGGACGUUGGUUGUGUGGAACAUGCAGGAUAAUCAGGUGGUUCACAUCUUAACCGGCCACACAGGAGAGGUGCGGUGUGUAAAAGUAUUUGGAGAAGGGUCCUAUGCCAUUUCAUCUUCCACGGAUCACACUCUGCGCAUGUGGAAUUUGGUCUCCGGCACAGAGAAAUAUGCCAUCUGGGACGGAGGCUCUGUAAAUUCAGGGGAGAGGAAUUUCUGUUGUCUUCAUUUGGAUGAAAAGAAUGGUAUUGUGUACUCAGCAUCUGGCUCAAAGCUGAAUGCCUGGAAACUGGAAACUGCAGAACUGGUUUUCUGCAUUUUGGAGGAUCCUUUAGAUAUCUGGAUAAUUGCGGUCGUAUUUGCCUGCAGUGAAGUGGUGAUGAUGCUUUCUAAGGGAGGAAUCGUAAGUCUUUGGGAUAGCAGGACUGGCAAGUUUCAAAUGAGGCAACGUCUGUCUGCUCUAAAAGAGGAAACACCAUCCUGUGGGAUCUUGAUCCAGAAGCAAGAGAAGGUAGUAGUUGGUUUCAGCAAUGGUUCCCUCUGUUUGAUUUCUUCUGAAGGAAACAGUCUGCUGGACAAGGUUCCAGCUGCUGUAAGAUUUGUCAUAAUUUCUCAAGAUGAAUCUUUUCUGGCUGCAGGUUUUGGAAAAUACGUGCGGGUAUACUUGGCUGACUCAAAGGUAUUUAGGAGGUUUAUGGCCAUGGACCUGGAGCAUGAGAAUAUAGUGGAAACUGCUGUGGUUGGACCCGGUAACAACGUGAUCGUCACUGGCUCGCAUGAUGAGAUCAUCCAGAUAUGGAGUCUGUCAGAGCAGGGGACCCUGUUGGAUAUUCUGGAUAGCACCGGCGCACCAGUAACGUUGUUUGCUGUAUGUGGAAACAUUUUAGUUUCGGCCUCCCGAGGGUCAUCAUCAUUCAAAGUCUGGGAUUUCACUUAUUUGCGAAAGCACAAGCCCUCAGCACCUUUUCUGGACCGCACUGGCUGUACGGCAUUAUCUCACAAUGGAAAUUACGUCUACUUCCCCCAGAUUGGGAAUAAAAACAAAGUCACUAUUUGGAACUCAGUGGAAGGUGAAGAGGUCGAUGCUCUAGACGCUUCAAAUGAAGUGAGAUGUUUAGAAGUGGCCGAGCAGAUGCAACUGCUCUUCACAGGAUUGGUAUCGGGGACCGUCCUUGUGUUUCCACUGAACUCUAGGCAGGACGCAACGUGCAUCCCGCCCCCAGAAACUCAGAAGGCCAUCAAUUGCAUGGCCCUCAGCAAAGGGGAGGAACGACUGGUUAUAGGGUAUGACGACGCAGUCCUUGUGCUGGAUAUCAGGACAGGAGAGCCCUAUCCACUGAUUGAUGGGCCCACGUAUCUGUUUUACACUCAACUUCCCACUGUGAUUUCUAGGGUGGCUGUCCUGGCCGACUACCGUGUGGUCUAUGGCAUGAUGGAUGGAGGCUUAUUUCUUUACAAUUGUCCCAAUUCCAAAGUUUUUUCCUUGGAAGCCCAUAAGGACAGAAUCACCUGUUUAGAAAUCAGCCACAAAGAGCAGUGGGCGGUGAGUGGUUCCGAGGAGUCUAUGCAAUGCCUUUGGGACCUGGAGAUCUGCAAAUGGGAGCAUGAGAUGAGCUAUAAGAGUUCCUCCUUCCAAGGUAUGCAGUGUGCUUGCUUCUCGAAAGAUGACAAGUACAUAUAUGCUGGGUUAAAGGAUCGAUCCAUUACGGUCUGGAAUGUUUCAGAUGGUUCCCUGUUAGCUGUGCAGUUUGUGUAUGCGGUAGUAAACAAGAUCAUUCCUACAGCAGAUGGGUUUAUUGCCACAACAAGACUCGGUUAUCUAAUUCGGGAGAGGUUUCACUGCCCUCAGUCAGUAAGCCCCCAUUACAACCCUCUCAAGAACAUCAAAGCAACCUGCAGAGUCAUAUCCAGGAAGAGAGAUGAGGAAGACAGGAAGAGACAGGAAAAUCACUCAAGAGGUCCUGGAGUAAAUCAAAACAGAAUAAACAAGCUCUCUCAAAUCUGUAUGAUCGUGUGAUGGAAAGUGAGAGGGGAGCUCAGGGAACCACAUCAAUGUACUACGCAUUUCAAACCGUCCUCCAGACCGUAAGCUCGUUGUGGGCAGGGAACGUGCCUACCAACUCUGUUGU